UAAUCUACAGUACACAACAUGUCCGAAGUAAAGCCAUCUCCCAAGAAGAAGCCGGCUGCGCCCAAAAAGCCAGCCGAUCAUCCACCUUAUUUAGACAUGAUCAAAGCUGCUAUUGUAGCGUUGAAAGAGCGAAACGGUUCUUCCCGCCAAGCCAUCGAGAAGUAUAUCAAAGCCAACUAUAAGGUUGGUGAGGUCGGCUCACACUUGAAGAUGGCUUUGAAAAGGGGUGCCGCAAGUGGAAAGCUUCUCCACACCAAGGGAGUUGGUGCUUCUGGUUCCUUCAAGGUAGCCAAGGAGGAGAAGAAGGAGAAGAAACCGAAGAAAAAGCCAGCUGCAAAGAAGAAGCCUGCUGCCAAACCAAAGAAGCCUGCCGCCAAAAAGGCAGCAAAGAAACCAGCGGCGAAGAAGGCUGCAAAGAAACCCGCCGCUAAAAAGCCAGCAGCGAAGAAACCAGCCGCAAAAAAGCCAGCAGCAAAGAAGCCUGCGGCCAAAAAACCAGCGAAGAAGCCUGCAGCUAAAAAGCCCGCCAAGAAACCAGCCAAGAAACCAGCGGCGAAGAAGACCGCCAAGAAACUGCAGGUGGUAACUUCUCUCAAGUCUGGGGAUAAUUUUCCCCAGAGACUGGGCCCUAAAUGGCAGAGGGAGUGGCCACCAUAUGUUACCGUAUUGUACCUGGCAGUGGAGAAAUCAGACUGCCUUAGACGGAAAUUCUGCUUACAAUACCAAAACAAUAACAAGCAGGCAAAGAAGAAGUCUGCUGCCAAACCAAAGAAGCCUGCCGUCAAAAAGGCAAAGAAACCAGCGGCGAAGAAGACUGCAAAGAAACCCGCCGCUAAAAAGCCAGCAGCGAAGAAACCCGCAGCUAAAAAGCCAGCAGCAAAGAAGCCUGCGGCCAAAAAACCAGCAGCAAAGAAGCCUGCAGCUAAAAAGCCCGCCAAGAAACCAGCCAAGAAACCAGCGGCGAAGAAGACCGCCAAGAAAUAAAAACCUAAGGAACUCCUUAUUUCAUCAAACGGCUCCUUUAGGAGCCACCAAAUUAAAUCAAAAGUUGUGCCCAACUGAGUAUUCAAACAAACUUCGGUAAUUCAGUUAAUUUAUGAUAUUUUAGAUUGUUUUUACUAAUUAAAGGUCUAGUUGCUCUUUCCUCGAUCAAACAGAGGUGUGAGAAAAUGGAGGACGUACUGUUACAAUUACAUUUGUUGCAUAUUGGGUGUGCACUAAAACCGCUGAACAAUCUUUGUGUCCUAAGAGCGACCGCAUCUAAAUUUCUACCCACAGUAAUAUUGACGACAAAUCUGGAAAUUAUCGCCAACCAAAGACGCUUUGAUUGUCAAUUAAAUUCUCCUUGUCAGAAGUAAAAGAAAAGUAUCGAUAAGAGUUUGAGAAUAUGAAUACUGAUGUUAGGUUGUAGAGGUUACUGAAAGACCCUCAAUGUUACACUCUAUUGGCAAUUAUAUUUUCACAAAACUUGAGAUCAAAUGAG